UCACCUUCAAUCCCAAAGCAAGAUGGCGGCCAUUUCGAGACGGAGAUUUUCCAAUGUUUUUCGACUUCUUGUUCACCCUCAAAACUGCGCUGAUUACAAAAUAAAACAAAGAAAACUUGCCACAAGGUUAGGAGAGGUGGGGAUAUUAGAAACUCCAAAGCUUCAGGGACGAUAUGAUACUGGACAGCUUUUCCUUCAUAAAGUAUUUGGCUACAGAAGCAUAGUACUUUUCCCUUGGGUCGCUCGAGUGUAUGACAGAGAUUUAGGCAGUAAGCCAGAGACGAGCACAACGAGGACAUAUGAUGAUGGUCCGAUAGUUCAAGGGAGGGAGUUAAACUACACUGGGACCUCAAGCAGGGCAGUGAAAGGAAGUACACACACAUAUUACCAAGUGUUAAUAGAUUCAAGAGACUGUCCCUAUAUUAGGGCACAGACAGAAGCAGUCACAUUUUUGGGAAAUCAAGAAAAUAGUCAAUCAUUAUAUGCUAUACCAGGUCUUGAUUACGUGGCACAUGAGGACAUUCUUCCUUACACAUCAACAGAAAAACAACCAAUCGAUCAUGACUUGUUUGAUCGAUUUUUAAUUGGUGAUAGUGGCAGAGUUCCACCGUUCUUAGCGAGGGAGACGCUGCGAGCUUGGCAAGAAAAGAAUUAUCCUUGGUUAGAACUCUCAAAUGUCCAUCGGCAAACCACAGAAAAUAUUCGAGUAACAGUGAUGCCAUUUUAUAUGGGUUCAAGGGAGUCACAGGGAACACAUGUCUACUGGUGGCGAUACUGCAUACGUUUAGAAAAUCUAUCAGACGACACAUUACAAUUGCGCGAACGGUGCUGGAGAAUUUUCAGUCUUUCUGGAACAAUGGAAACGAUAAGGGGCAGAGGCGUGAUUGGCCAGGAGCCUGUUCUAUCAAAAACACAGCCAGCCUUUCAAUAUAGUAGUCACGUCUCACUUCAGGCGCCAAGUGGGCACAUGUGUGGGACUUUCAAAAUGGAACGACAAAAUGGUGAAACGUUUGAAUGUAAGAUCCCUCCGUUUUCAUUAGAAAGUAAACAGGAUGAUACGGGGUCGCCUCCGGGUAUAGUUGGUGGAAACUGAUUCACUCGAGAAGAAAGAACUAGAUUAGUUUGAAGACUGUUGUGAUUGGGAUGAGCUGUGAAAAUGUAACAGGCUCUAGUACAGGGACGCAAAGUUAAUGGACAAUUUUCAGCAUUAUUCUCCACAUUGCUAAUUUCUUAUGUGGAAGUCUGGAUAAGAAAUGCUUGUUCGGAGUAUUUCCUUUCAUCAUUUAGAAAAUCUCAGUGGUCAAAAUGAAUUACUAAGGUUUUUUGUCAGAUGCGCUAAAUUGGAGGACGGGAGGGGUCAAAUUAUUAGUGCGUUUUUCUGCUUUAGUUUGUCAUAAUUAAGCAUACCUGUUUUAAAGAUAUGCCUUAAUUUUAUAUCAAAUUCAGGUGAUUUCGAUUUUUGAGACGACGCGGACCAUAGAACUAGCUUUAGUCAGAGUAAAUUAUGACUCGACCCUUGAAAUUGGCAGCUUCUGUUGUUCUGGAUUUCUUUGCAUUUGACUAUGAACUAAUUAUUCAGUUGAUUUUAUAUAUCUUGGCUUGUUUAUAAAUGUUCAGUUGGUCUCAGAUGUGCAGCUUGCUUUGUUUCAUGUUUCAUCUUUUAGGGCACCCAAAAAAGUGAUGAGACUUCCAGCAUAAACCAUGAGGAAAUGUGUAGUAACAUUUCUAUUCAUUAUCAUGUACACGUUGAUUUGUAAAAUUGGACAUACUGGAGAAUAAGGCUCCCAACACCAUGUAAAAUAUCUCAUUCCAUCGUAGGUCUCGUCCCUGGCAGUUAGCCGGACAUGUUCAAAAUGGCUCAACCUAUGAGCCUAAAAAUACUUUCAAAAACUGAACACUGCACUGUCUUAUUGUGGUAAGUGCCAUGCCCUGAUAUGGCUUGUCAGUGACAUACAGUAAUCAAGUACAUGUAUUCUGAGAUAUGUGGGAACUUGUGCUCUGACUGAUUAUUGUAAAUGAUGAAAUAUAUUGAUUCAGAUUAAGAAUGUGUUAUUUCUUUGUUGCAUUGCACAUUGUUCUCUCGG